AUGACCAGUCAAACAAUCUUCUUUGUCGUAUUCCUUUUUUUCUGCCUCGGAUUGGCCUCCUCCCUCCGUGGAUUGAACCAUCUCCACCAAGUCUAUCAGUUUCCUAAUGGCUCGUGGGUGGAAAAUAUCGCGGUCCGACCCAACGGCAAUCUUCUGGUGACCCUAGCAAACACUCUAGAACUAUGGGAAGUCACACCAUCUGCGCAGUCCAAGGGCCACGCAUCGUUAGUGCACCAUUUCGACGACGCUAAGAUGGCCACGGGUUCAGCUGAGCUGUCUCCGGACGUCUUCGCCGUUAUAACCCCCAAUAUUGUCUGGAGGCUCGAGAUGAAUAACGGCACACAACGCACUCCCAUUCGAAUUGCGACUCUUCCCGCCGGAACUCUCAACGGCGUGGCGCUUCUGAACGCAGACCGAGCCACCGCUUCAUCUCGCUCUUCCUGGGAUAUUUCAGGUCCCCAGAAGAUCCGAGUUUUCUUAAGUUUGUAG